CGGCGGGGAGGCCGCGGGGCGGGGAGGCCGGCAGCCCGCGCCGCCGCCCCCAGCCGCGUGCGCGCGCGGCCGCAUCAGCUGAGCGCGCGGCGCGUGUCACGUGGUGCGCGUGUCGAAGGUCACGGCGCGCUCACAAUGGAGUUCUCGGGCUAUGUGCAGAAAGGCUUCCUGGCGCUGGCCGAUCCCGGCACCUUCGACUCCAGGGCUUUCGCGCUUCUCGUCCGGGCGGCUUUCCAGAGCCUGCUGGACGCCCAGGCGGACGAGGCCGUGUUAGAUCACCCUCACUUGAAACAUAUCGACCCAGUGGUUUUAAAGCAUUGUCAUGCAGCUGCUGCGAUUUUCAUUCUGGAGGCAGGAAAGCAUAGAGCUGACAAGUCAACACUAAGCACUUUCCUAGAAGAUUAUAAAUUUGAUAGAGAGCGCAUAGAGCUGUUUUGCAUGGAAUUCCAGAAUAAUAAGAAUUCUCUAGAAACCGUACUGGGAAGUAUAGGGAAAUCUCUCCCUCGUAUAACCGAUGUUUCUUGGAGUUUGGAAUAUCAGAUAAAGACCAAUCAACUUCAUAAGAUGUACAGACCUGCAUAUUUGGUGACCUUCGAUCUAAAGAACACUGAUUCCCGAUCCCACCCAGAGAUUAGUUUUAGUUGCAGCAUGGAACAAUUACAGGACUUAGUGGGAAAACUUAAAGAUGCUUCGAAAAGCCUGGAAAGAGCAUCUCAGAUGUAACCUGGGGACCAGCGAUCUACCGGGUCUCGAAGAGCAGCUAUCCCGUCUGCCGAGCCGCCUCUCCUGCGAGCUGAACCUCGUCCUUUUCAGUUGAAAAGAAAAAUGUCCCUGUUCAAUCUAUUCCACUCAUCACUUUUGACACAUUUUUUUUUUACACUUGUUGAAGGGUGAAGAGGGAAAUUAAGUAUUUGGCUCAUCUUUAGUAUUAACUGUAUACUGAUCUUUUGGCGCGUCACACCAAAGGAACUAGGCAGUAUUAUACUCCAAAUAAAUACUUUGUUUCCACAA